AGCGCUUGCAGAGGAGACGCCGGAGCAGAAGGGCGCCGGCGCCGAGCAGCCCGAAGUUGUCUCCGUCGAGUCGCGCCGAGCCUGGGCAUGCAAGCAACGCCCCCGGGGGUCCGGUCGCCCCUCAGGAGCCCGCCGAGCGCGCGCUUGCGGCCGGACGAGGGCGGGCGAGGGUGCCGAGCCGCGAGCGAACGCAGCAAAAUGAGUGGCGAGGGCGACUACAGCUUCAGACGGGUGGCGAUCCGACGGAAGUCCAACCCCUCCUACCUGCCGCCUGGGACCCCCCGGCCGUGGAGUCGGCCCUCGUCGCACCUGCAAUGGGCCGAGAAGGCCACGUCCAGGGGCCAGGCCCCCGAAGACGCCCCAGGCAGCAGUACCUGUCCAAAGAUCACUAUAGUUUCACCUUGCUUGAAAAGCAGCACAACCACACUGAUUGAUCAGAAUGUAUCUGAUGAAGAGGCUCAGGGAAUAAAUGGGAAAACUCCAGCAAAACACUCAGCUGCAAGUCCAAAGCCACAAGUGCCUCCAAAGCCACUACACCUGCAGAAUUCACCUUCGUCCAAUAUACACCAAACCCCCAGGCAUAAAGCUUUAUCUAGUGCAAAACCAAGGAUGGAGGAAGUUAAACCUGCCUCUGCUUCUUGUGUCUCAAAAGAAAAACCCAGUAAGAUAUCAGAUCUCAUCAGUCGCUUUGAAGGAGGCAGCUCAUUAUCAAAUUACAGUGAUUUGAAAAAAGAUUCUGCUGUGAACCUAAAUGCGCCUAGAACCCGAGGAAGGCAUGGAUUGACAACCACACCUCAGCAAAAACUCCUCUCCCAACACUCACCACAGAAGCAGGGAAAUGAUACAGAUCAAUCUCAGGGUGCACAGACUUGUGUGGCUAACGGUAUGGUAGCAGCACAAACCCAGAUGGAAUGUGAGGAGGAUAAAGCGGCCACUCUUAGCCCAGAUACUCCUAUUCAGACUUCUGAACCCUUGCCCGAUACAAACUUAGUGAAUGGAGAAAGACAGGAAACAGCCACAGACCCUGCAUCCCCCACAACAAAUGACUGUGAUGAAAAUGCUUCUGACAGUAGCUGCAGGACUUUACAUGUCGGCCCAGUGCUCCCCCUGGAAGAAGGAAGGGCAGACACAGAAGCCAAGGUACAGGAGAGGGAAGAUGGAGAAAGCCCCCUAGAACUGGAACAGCUGGACCAGCACCAUGAGAUAAAGGAGACUAAUGAGCAAAAACUUCACAAAAUAGCCAAUGAACUUUUGCUUACAGAAAGAGCUUACGUCAGCCGACUUGACCUCUUAGAUCAGGUAUUUUAUUGCAAACUACUGGAAGAAGCAAAUCGAGGCUCAUUUCCAGCAGAGAUGGUGAAUAAAAUCUUUUCUAAUAUUUCAUCAAUAAAUGCCUUCCAUAGUAAAUUCCUAUUGCCAGAGCUGGAGAAAAGAAUGCAAGAAUGGGAAACUACCCCUAGAAUUGGUGACAUCCUUCAGAAAUUGGCCCCAUUCCUUAAGAUGUAUGGAGAAUAUGUGAAGGGAUUUGAUAACGCAAUGGAAUUGGUUAAAAACAUGACAGAGCGUAUUCCCCAGUUCAAAUCAAUAAUUGAAGAAAUUCAGAAACAGAAGAUCUGUGGGAGCUUGACUUUGCAGCAUCACAUGCUAGAACCUGUUCAGCGGAUUCCCCGGUAUGAGAUGCUCCUUAAGGACUACCUAAGGAAAUUGCCUCCUGGUUCUCCGGACUGGAAUGAUGCUAAAAAAUCACUUGAAAUUAUAUCUACAGCAGCAAGUCAUUCUAAUAGUGCAAUAAGAAAAAUGGAGAACCUAAAGAAACUCUUAGAGAUUUAUGAAAUGUUGGGAGAAGAAGAAGACAUUGUAAAUCCUUCAAAUGAACUAAUAAAAGAAGGACAGAUCCUCAAACUAGCUGCUCGGAACACAUCGGCACAAGAGCGCUACCUUUUCUUAUUCAACAACAUGUUGCUGUACUGCGUGCCAAGAUUCAGCUUGGUGGGCUCUAAAUUCACAGUUCGAACCAGGGUUGGCAUUGAUGGAAUGAAAAUUGUAGAGACUCACAAUGAGGAAUAUCCACACACUUUCCAGGUAUCUGGGAAAGAGAGAACACUGGAACUACAAGCCAGUUCUGAGCAAGACAAAGAAGAAUGGAUCAAGGCACUUCAAGAGACUAUUGAUGCUUUCCAUCAGAGGCAUGAAACCUUCAGAAAUGCAAUUGCCAAGGAUAAUGACAUUCACUCAGAGGUUUCUACUGCUGAGCUAGGAAAAAGAGCCCCAAGAUGGAUCCGAGAUAAUGAAGUUACAAUGUGUAUGAAAUGCAAGGAGUCUUUUAAUGCCCUGACGAGGAGAAGGCAUCAUUGUCGAGCAUGUGGACAUGUGGUUUGUUGGAAGUGUUCUGAUUAUAAAGCUCAACUUGAGUAUGAUGGUGGUAAAUUGAGCAAAGUUUGUAAAGACUGUUAUCAGAUAAUAAGUGGAUUCACAGACAGUGAAGAAAAGAAAAGAAAAGGAAUUUUAGAGAUUGAAUCUGCAGAAGUAUCUGGAAACAGUGUGGUGUGCAGUUUUCUUCAAUAUAUGGAAAAGUCAAAACCUUGGCAGAAAGCUUGGUGUGUGAUCCCCAAACAAGACCCUCUUGUGCUGUACAUGUACGGUGCCCCCCAGGAUGUCAGAGCCCAGGCCACCAUUCCACUCCUAGGCUACAUUGUGGAUGACAUGCUGAGGAGUGCAGACCUGCCACACAGUUUCAAACUGACCCAGUCCAAGUCUGUGCACAGCUUUGCUGCAGACAGUGAAGAACUGAAACAGAAGUGGCUGAAAAUCAUCCUUUUAGCUGUCACAGGUGAGACGCCAGAUGGUCCUAGUAAGCAUCCAGCCACUUUGGACGAUGAUCCUGAACCUAAGAGAAAAUCAGAAUGCUGAGUUCCAGGGCCUACCGCGGUAUGGAGGGGGGGAUCUCAAGAUUUACAGCUCAAGACAUUCUCAGCUCUCCUUAUUCAUCUCUUAGCACUUUAUGUUGAAAAAUACAAGCUCAUAAAUGCAUCUUUGGGGGGACUAUUUUCCUAUGUUUAUGUACUCUUACUGAAAUUAAUGUGUAGAGCCAUUCUACCCAUAAAGUUUGAAAUAAUGUGAAAAAUGGAGCAUUUUUUAAUGAGCUAUUCCUUGAAUAUGUACUUUUGUCUUGGAAAAAACUGGUAUCAAUUCUAUCACUUCAGGUUAGA